AAUAAUCUUUAAAAAAAUAUUUUAUGGACUCUUAUUGCAUUUUUUUUCAGCAGGCGGUGCUCCCGAAAUCCUGCCGCUUCCUUCUCAUCAUUCCUGUCUCGUAUUUACACACAGAGCCGAGCAGCAAACCUCGCUGUGCGCUCUCAAAUAAACGCUCUUAUCAUAUUCAUAACACAGCAUGAUGAACAUGGCCUCCACACCAAGCGAGAAGAUAUCAGGACCCAAGAAGAAAAGCGAGAAGAAGAUUGCGUCCAAAGAGGAGUACAGGUUAUUGUCCAACAUCAUGGGAGUGAUGAAUAACUUGAGGAAACAGGGAAUCCUGUGUGACGUGAUUCUGGUGGUGCAGGGAAAGCACAUCCUGGCACACAGAGUGGUGCUGGCCGCCGCCAGCCACUUCUUCAACCUCAUGUUCACAUCGAGUAUGAUGGAGGCCACCAGUCACGAGGUGGAGCUUGGUGGAGCAGAACCGGAGAUCAUCGAGCUGCUGGUGGAGUUCGUCUACACGGCUCGAAUCUCAGUGAACAGUAAUAACGUUCAGUCUCUGCUGAACGCCGCUAACCAGUACCAGAUUGAACCGGUCAAGAAAAUGUGUGUGGAUUUCCUGAAGGACCAGGUGGACCCCACCAACUGUCUGGGCAUCAGCGCAUUGGCCGAGUGUCUGAACUGUCCUGAGCUGAAGGUGGCGGCUGAUGAUUUCAUCCACCAGCACUUCACAGACGUCUACAAGAUGGACGAGUUUCUCCAGCUGGACGUGAAACAGGUGACGCACCUGCUCCAGCAGGACACGCUGACCGUCCGAGCCGAAGACCAGAUCUACGACGCAGCGGUGCGGUGGCUGAAGUACGACGUCUUGAAUCGACAGCAGUACAUGGUAGACAUUCUGGGGAAGGUUCGAUUCCCCCUCGUAUCCAAAAACUUCCUCAGUAAGACCGUUCAAGCCGAACCGCUGAUCCAGGACAACCCCGAGUGCCUGAAAAUGGUCAUCUGUGGCAUGCGUUAUCAUCUUCUGUCUCCAGAGGACCGUGAGGAGCUCGGGGAGAGCAGUCGACCACGCCGCAAGAAGCACGAUUACCGCAUCGCUCUGUUCGGAGGCUCACAGCCGCAGUCCUGCCGCUACUUUAACCCGAAGGAUUACAGUUGGACGGACAUCCGCUGCCCCUUUGAGAAGCGACGGGACGCCGCGUCUGUGUUCUGGGACAAUGUGGUUUAUAUCCUGGGCGGCUCUCAGCUCUUCCCCAUCAAACGGAUGGACUGCUAUAAUGUGGUGAAAGACAGCUGGUACUCCAAACUCGGACCCCCGAACCCGCGGGACAGUCUGGCCGCCUGCGCCUCCAAAGGGAAGAUCUACACCUCCGGAGGGUCGGAAGUGGGAAGUUCAGCUCUGAAUCUGUUCGAGUGCUACGACACGCGCUCAGAGACGUGGCAGACGAAGCCCAACAUGCUGAUGCCGCGCUGCAGUCACGGCUCGGUGGAGGCCAGCGGUCUCAUCUACGUCUGCGGAGGAAGUCUGGGAAACAACGUGUCCGGCAGAGUCCUCAACGACUGCGAGGUGUACGACCCCAACUCUGAAGAGUACGUCUGUGUCCAAAACACAGCGAUUAAUCCACACUAUGUGACGGUGAUGUUUCUCUCAGGCGGGCUGGACUCGGUGGAGUACUACGAGAUCGGCAGUAACGAGUGGAAGAUGGCGUCUCCGAUGCCGUGGCGCGGCGUGACGGUGAAGUGUGCGGCCGUGGGCUCCGUCAUCUACGUUCUGGCCGGGUUUCAGGGGGUCGGCCGUCUGGGGCACAUUAUGGAGUAUUACACAGAGACCGACAAAUGGGUGGUUUCCAGUAAAGUCCGCGCGUUUCCCGUCACCAGCUGCCUCAUCUGUCUGGUGGACACCUGCGGCGCCAAUGAAGAGGACAUGAAUUCAACCUCUUCUUCCUCAUCAUCAUCAUUGGCGGAUGGAAGAAUGUAGCAUUGCUUUCAGAGCAUAUAGAUGAUACAAAACCACUGGAAACACAAAGCAGAGAACAGACUGGGUCCUCAUUGUGCCAAGACGUUCACUGUGUUAUGUUCACCAGAUUACGGUUUGUGUCUUUAGUGCAGAUGCAGAUGUGAAGAGCUUGUGCCGCUUAGAUUGAACCGAUAAGGUUUACUUUAAACAUUAUUUUUUUGUUGAGAUAGGACUGCUUUUGUCUUUAUGUCCACCUCUUUGCCAAUUUUUGAUCUUAGAGUUUUAACAGACAACUUGUGGGUGAAAAUGUCCAUAGAUGUCCACAGUUCAUUCUUUGGAAACAUUUGUACCUCUGCAUUUAGCAGAUUUUGGGGACUAAAAUGGUUUUUAUGUUUUAAGAAUUUGUGUUUUGACGUGUUUAUAUUAUGUGUAAACAAACUUGUACAGUUCAGUUCACCAGUUUAUAGAAGCAUCUGUUUGAAUUCGUUUUUAUUUUUUAAAUGUUUGAGUUUUAAAUGUUUAAUUCAUUGUCCAAUAAAAGCUUUCUUUUGUGUUAAUACAUUCAUUA